AGUCUCUUAUCACCUGCCCGAUGAAGAUAUACCUGUUUUUGAUACUGUGUAUCAUGACAGAUUGCUUGGCGAAAGUUCAAGAUGAUGAAAAAACUUCCCGUGAUAUUUUUACUCCACGAAAGGGAAAACACCAUUUGCUAUAUUCGAGGAAGAAAACUGGCUACAGCGAGGUUUAUUUCAAUCCCCUUCACAGUGUUGGAUUUUUAGGUGGACUCCAGGGUCUAAUUGCAUUCGUUAUCCUUAAAAUUAAAAUUGUACUCGUUGUGAUUACGAUAAUUGGGGCAACGGUUUUGGCAUUAAAACUCCUCGGAAUAUUUAAAUAUUCAAAUUAUGUUUAUAAAAGUAAUUAUCCGAUCAUCGAGGGGCCACCGGUGUUUGAAUAUGGAAAUCCGUUCACUCAUGAUCAUAAAGUGGACGAGUGGUCGUCACCGUCGCCAUAUGAUCGGGUUCGUUCGAGGGAAUUAAUGAAUGAAUUUCUUGCAAAAGCAGAGGAAAUUAUCAUGCCAUGGAUGAAUUUUUCCAAAGAGUGCCGCAAUCGCACUAUCUGUCAGUUUAUGAUGUUGAUGAAUUCGUCAUUAGAUUUCAGAGAAUGUGCCGAAAUUUACUCUGACUGCUCGGAACUUGUUCGAAAAGAGGAUAAGACACCAGGGAUUGAAUUCAAACAGGAAAGAUUGUAA